AUGAAGAAUUUCUUCACUCGGUUUCUGCUAUUUGCACUUCUCUUGAUAGCUGUUGUGGCGGAGGAAGGAACAGCCACACAGCGAAAAUUUGUGUUGGGGAAGCUUCCGAAAGGACCUGUUCCUCCCUCGGGUGGGUCAUGGAUUGAGCCCCCGGGCCCGCCUCUGGAGUUUGUAUUGGGGAAGCUGCCGAAAGGACCUAUUCCUCCUUCUGGGCCGUCGCGGAAAACCACUCCUGACCCUCCCCGCAGCGGGUCGCCGGGGAAGUUUGUGUUCGGGAAGUUGCCAAAAGGACCUAUUCCUCCCGGUGGGCCGUCGCGCAGGAUCCACGGUCCUCCGCCUUCACUCCGCACCAUCUAA